CUUCAGUUUUGGGCCAGUGGUUGGUAAAUAGGAAGCCCGGUGCCUGCUGAGCAGUCACCCCUCCUUCCUGCGUGUCCCCAGCCACCACUCUCCUUUCUGUCUCUGGACUCUCCUGUUCUAGACGUGCUGUAGAGACAGAGUCGUGUGUGUUCUGAGACGGAGGCACCUAGGCUGAAUGGAAUUCAGCGUCAGGAAAAGCCCUCUUUCUGCUCCAAAGGUGGUGAAGUGCGUGAAGAUGAAGCAGGCCCCGGAAGUCCUGGGCAGUGCCAACGGGAAGACCCCGAGCUGCGACGUGAGCCGUGAGUGCUCUGUGUUCCUGAGCAAAGCCCAGCUCUCGGCCGGCCUGCAGGAUGGGGUCGUGCAGAAGUUCAACGGCCACGACGCGCUGCCGUUCAUCCCGGCCGAGAGGCUGAAAGACCUCACCUCCCGCGUCUUCAAUGGAGAGCCUGGUGCUCACGAUGCUAAACUGCGUUUUGAAUCCCAGGAAGUGAAGGGACUUGGGACCCCACCUCACACUACCCCCGUCAAAAAUGGCUCUCCAGAAAUUAAGCUGAAAAUCACCAAAACCUACAUGAAUGGGAAACCUCUCUUUGAGUCCUCCAUAUGUGGCGAUGGUGCGGCCGCCGUGUCCCUUUCGGAAGCAGAUGGACAGAGACCAGAGCACAAGGCCCGGAGGAGCCGCAAGAGGAGCGCACAGCGUGGCCCUGUGCUGGAGCACAGCCUCGGGGAGGCCGCCCUGGUGUCCAGGGUCUCCAGUCCCGUGGACAAAAAGAUUCCAGCUAAGAGAGAAUCCUGUCCGAAUAGCAGCAGAGACAAAGGCCAGCUGCUGAAGUACGAUGUCGGGGACCUGGUGUGGUCCAAGGUGUCUGGCUACCCGUGGUGGCCCUGCAUGGUCUCUGCCGACCCUCUCCUGCACAGCCACACCAGACUGAAAGGUCAGAAAAAGAGUGCACGCCAGUAUCACGUACAGUUCUUUGGUGAUGCCCCAGAAAGAGCUUGGAUAUUUGAGAAGAGCCUUGUAGCUUUUGAAGGAGAAGGACAGUUUGAAAAAUUAUGCCAGGAAAGUGCCAAGCAGGCACCCACGAAAGCUGAGAAAAUUAAGCUGUUGAAACCCAUUUCAGGGAAGUUGAGGGCCCAGUGGGAAAUGGGCCUCGUUCAGGCAGAGGCUGCCGCACGCAUGGCGGUGGAGGAGCGGAAAGCCAAGUUCACCUUCCUCUACGUGGGGGACCAGCUCCGCCUCAACCCCCACGUGGCCAAGGAGGCGGGCGUGGCUGUAGAGUCACUGGGAGAAGCGGCAGAGCCCUCAGGAGUCGAGGAAGAAGCUGCAGACAGCCCUAAGUCCUCAGGGGAGGAGGGCGCGCCUGUCAAGAGGAGAAGGAGGGCCAAGCUGUCCAGCUCCACCGAGAACCUCCCUGGCGACCCGGGGCUGGGGCGGGCCACGCCGCAGAAGGUGGCCGAGGCCGACUCCAGGAGGGGCGCGGGAUCCCCCCUCGGCAGGAAGAAGGCCGCGGCCUCGACCCCAAGGAGCCGGAGGGGCGACGCGGCGUCCCAGUUCCUGGUCUUCUGUCAGAAGCACAGGGACGAGGUGGUUGCUGAGCACCCGGACGCCUCUGCCGAGGAGAUCGAGGAGCUGCUCGCGUCGCAGUGGAACAUGCUGAAUGAGAAGCAGAAGGCGCGCUAUCACACCAAGUUUGCGCUCGUGGCUCCUCCUCAGUCCGAGGAAGACUCUGGUAACUUAAAUGGGAAGAAAAGGAGCCACACGAAGAGGACACAGGGCCUGAGCGGAGACGCUGAAGUUGAGGAGGCUCCCAGGAAGAGGCUCAGGACUGACAGGCACGGCCUGCGGAAGAGAGAGACGAUCACUGACAAAACAGCCCGCACGACCUCGUGCAAGGCCCUUGAGGCAGCGUCCUCGCUGAAGAGCCAGGCAGCCACGAAACACCUGUCUGAUGCCUGCAAGCCCCUGAAGAAGCGCCACCGGGCCCCCGCAGCGGCCGCCACCACCCUCACCUUUAGCAAAAGCUCGUCUCCUUCCGCGUCCUUAACUGAGAACGAGGUCUCGGACGGCCCCGGAGACGAACCCCCGGAGUCCCCGGACGAGAGCGCUGACGAAACCCAGACCGAGGCGUCCGUCUCCUCUAAGAGGUCGGAACGCGGAGCCACCGCCAGGAAGGAGCACGUGUGCCAGCUGUGCGAGGAGCCGGGCAGCCUGGUGCUGUGCGAGGGCCCCUGCUGCGGCGCCUUCCACCUGGCCUGCCUAGGCCUCUCCCGCAGGCCGGAGGGGCGGCUCCUGUGCGGAGAGUGCACCUCAGGGAUCCACUCCUGCUUCGUGUGUAAGGAGAGCAAGAGUGACGUCAAGCGCUGCGUGGUGUCGCAGUGUGGGAAGUUCUACCACGAGGCCUGCGUGCGCAGGUUCCCCCUGACGGUGUUCGAGAGCCGGGGCUUCCGAUGCCCGCUUCACAGCUGCCUGAGUUGCCACGCCUCCAACCCCUCGAACCCAAGGCCAUCGAAAGGUAAGAUGCUGCGGUGUGUCCGGUGCCCCGUCGCCUACCAUGGAGGGGAUGCGUGUCUGGCCGCGGGCUGCUCGGUGAUCGCAUCCAACAGCAUCAUCUGCACGAACCACUUCACCGCCCGGAAGGGCAAGAGGCACCACGCGCACGUCAACGUGAGCUGGUGCUUCGUGUGCUCCAAAGGGGGGAGCCUGCUGUGCUGCGAGUCCUGCCCGGCGGCCUUCCACCCCGACUGCCUGAGCAUCGAGAUGCCGGACGGCAGCUGGUUCUGCAACGACUGCAGGGCUGGGAAGAAGCUGCACUUCCAGGACAUCAUCUGGGUGAAGCUCGGGAACUACAGAUGGUGGCCGGCAGAAGUUUGCCAUCCCAAAAAUGUCCCCCCAAAUAUUCAGAAAAUGAAGCACGAGGUUGGAGAAUUCCCUGUGUUUUUCUUUGGGUCUAAAGAUUAUUACUGGACGCAUCAGGCGCGAGUGUUCCCGUACAUGGAGGGGGACCGGGGCAGCCGCUACCAGGGGGUCAGAGGGAUCGGAAGAGUCUUCAAAAACGCACUGCAAGAAGCUGAAGCGCGUUUCCGUGAAAUCAAACUUCAGAGGGAAGCCCGAGAGACGCAGGAGAGCGAGCGCAGGCCCCCGCCCUACAAGCACAUCAAGGUGAACAAGCCCUAUGGGAAGGUGCAGGUCCACACGGCGGACAUCUCUGAGAUCCCCAAGUGCAACUGCAAGCCCACCGACGAGAACCCGUGCGGCUCGGACUCGCAGUGUCUGAACCGCAUGCUCAUGUUCGAGUGCCACCCGCAGGUCUGCCCCGCGGGGGAGUCCUGCCAGAACCAGUGCUUCACCAAGCGCCAGUACCCCGAGACCAAGAUCGUCAGGACGGACGGCAAGGGCUGGGGCCUGGUGGCCAAGCGGGACAUCAGGAAGGGCGAGUUUGUGAACGAGUAUGUGGGCGAGCUGAUUGACGAGGAGGAGUGCAUGGCGAGGAUCAAGCGUGCGCACGAGAACGACAUCACCCACUUCUACAUGCUCACCAUAGACAAGGACCGCAUCAUCGACGCCGGCCCCAAGGGGAACUACUCCCGGUUCAUGAACCACAGCUGCCAGCCCAACUGCGAGACCCUCAAGUGGACAGUGAACGGGGACACGCGCGUGGGCCUGUUCGCCGUGUGUGACAUCCCCGCAGGGACAGAGCUGACCUUCAACUACAACCUCGACUGUCUGGGCAACGAGAAGACGGUGUGCCGCUGCGGAGCCUCCAACUGCAGCGGCUUCCUGGGCGACAGGCCGAAGACGUCAGCAGCCUCGUCCUCGGAGGAGAAGGGCAAGAAGACCAAGAAGAAGGCCAGGAGGCGCCGCACGAGAGGCGAGGGGAAGAAGCCGUCCGAGGACGAGUGCUUCCGCUGCGGUGACGGCGGCCAGCUGGUGCUGUGCGACCGCAAGUCCUGCACCAAGGCCUACCACCUGCCCUGCCUGGGCUUGGGCAAGCGGCCCUUCGGGAAGUGGGAGUGCCCUUGGCACCACUGCGACGUGUGUGGCAAGCCCUCCACUGCCUUCUGCCACUUCUGCCCCAACUCCUUCUGCAAGGACCACCAGGACACAGCGGCCUUCAGCUCCACCCAGGACGGGCGGUUGUACUGCAGCGAGCACGACUUCCGGGCGGAGCCGGCCCGGAGCGCCAAGACCGAGCAGCCCUGCCCGGGGCCCAGCAAGGCCAAGGGGCGGCGGCGGCGGCGGCGGUGUUGGCGCAGGGUCAUGGAAGGCAAAUAGCGCCUGGCUGGGGCUGGGUCCGACCAGGGGUGGCCGCGGGCGGGCGGGGGGCCGGGCCUGGCAGUGUCAGAGGACCCCGCCCCUGGCCCCCGGCACAGACGCACAGGCCUCCCCGCGGAGGAGCGUCCUGCCACUGAGCCAUCUCAGCAGCGCCCGCUGCGCCCGCACUGACCGUCCGAGCCACGUGGGCGCCCCGCGAGGCGCCGACGUCCCAGGACAGACAGCCUCACUACACAGCAUCACAGCUACACUCGAACCUCAGCCGUCCCUGCCCCGCUGUCCUUCUAGGCCGAGCUUAGGACUGAAGAUUAACUGGCACAUGAAAUGCAUUUCUCUCACCCGAGGGGUAUAGUGUUUCCCUGAGGGUCUCUCAUCCCCAGUCUUCAUGACGUUGCCCGCCCGCGUCACUCAGGAGAGGAGCCCAGGGUGGGGCCUGGCAAGCACCGGGACCCAGGAUGCCUUGGGAACGUGGUUUUGACUAUUGCGCUUAUGAAACAGCUGUAUGGUUUUUUUUUUUUGUACUAAUGUGAAGUUUUUCCUCAAAGUGCUUCUUUUCCAUCCUAGUGAGAAGCCGAUAGUAUAGUGUGUGAGCCCUGGCGCGGCUCUGGCUGUGGAUCUGGCCUCACAGCAGGCCUGCACCCCAGGCCUGGGCAGCUCCCCGAGGGGCCCUCACACGGAAGCAUUUGUGGAUAGUUUUGAUUGGUUUUUCUUUACCAGUUUCUGGCUUUUACUCUCAAUAUAUUUUUGCUAAACUUGUUUCACAAAGUA